GCCGGUUCGUGGCCCUUUUUCAUGAACGUUUCGCGCCAUUCUGACGGACCAGCUUCACAAGAAAGUCGCUUCCAUCGUCCUCGCCUGCGCAUCUCGUUUGCUUGUUUUGUCAUGUGUUGACAAAGAGAAACCAACAGAGCAGGAUCAUCUUCUAUCUAAGUGUACGGAACCAUGGGAUCUUUUCUUUCAAGGGCUCUGCUGAUGGUAUUUGGUUACGCUUAUCCCGCUUACAACUGUUUUAAAACCAUUGAGAACAACGAACCGGAGGCCCAACAACUUCUCUUUCGGUGCCAAUACUGGAUUUUAGUAGCUUUUCUUUCGGUCUGCGAGAGACUUGGUGAUGCAUUCAUAUCAUGGUUACCAUUGUACGGCGAAGCGAAGUUCGCUUUCUUCGUCUAUUUAUGGCAUCCCCAGACAAAGGGCACACAGUACGUCUACUGCUACUUCUUUCGGCCAUACUUGGCCAUCCAUGAGAAGGUCAUCGACCGUCACUUGCUGGAACCGAAGGUGAUGGCGGGGGAUUCGGCGGUUUCGAUGUGGCAAAAGGCAAUGAGCUACGGUCGGAUAAGGCUCUUCGAGUUUCUGCAGGAUGCUAAUUCUCCAUCGAAGUCGCUCGCGUGCCCCAAUCAGGUAUAUCUCGAAGCAGACAUCGAUCAAGCUAACCAAGAGACAGAAGCAGACGCAUCGGCCAAAACUCCGUCAUCACGGCCCGCGGGAAGCGGCAGCGGAGAACCGGGCGCGGGUCAACUCGUCGCCGGUUCUUCUGGGGAAGCCAGACCAAGCCCGCCGGACGCGGUGGUGUCAAACGGCUCAUGCUCAGGAAACAGCAAAUCGAAUCCACCUCAACUUGAAGACGCUGCACGGCGGACACCGAAUAAGGAGAAGGAUCCCAAAUGGAGACCGUUUGAUCUUGUUAUUAAUCGCCUGAAACGGCGAAGAGCAGCAACUCAUAGGAGGAGUUGUACAUAGUCAGCACGACAUGUUAUCGUUUUCCUUUUCUCUUGUUUGCUGGUUGAUCUGAAUCCUAGAUAAAG